GCUAAUUUGCCAUUUAACCACUUACGUGAUCAUUGUGAAAUGAAUUGCAAAUUCAUGCGUAAGAAAGUUGUACAGAUUGUCGAUGCUGGAGGGGAAAAAAUCGUUCGCGAUAUCCUAAUCUGAAAGGGAACUGAAGUACAACGAGAAAUGCUUUCGUUUUGAUUAGCAUCGAACAAACAUUGGCUAAUAUGCUUUUGGCAGCAAUUUCUUUCUUGUUCUUGGUAAAAUUUGGGCCUACCACAUGUUCAACUCACCAAGAUAGCUACUUUCGUGGGUUCGUAGAAGACACGAUUCUCAAUACAGACUGGAUGACCUGUCUCCAAGCUUGCCAUAACAAAGCAAGCUGUAUCUCGUAUAACUACGGUGGAAAAAUGAAAACUUGUGAGAUGAUCUCCGACGGAGUUACGAAUCAGUGUGACAGUGGAAAGGUGAUUUACUCAAGAGGAUGGGUUUUUCAUCAGAUAAGGCCACUUCCUCAAAAACAAGUCAUUGCAGAAUUAGGAGAUAGUCCGAGUAAUCCUGCCGAGUCAUGCUUGGAUAUUCUCGAUCGCAGAUCUUCCAAUGGAUCUGUUAAAAACGGUGCCUACUAUAUCAGAAUAGGACAAAAAACAAGUUUGAUCUAUUGUUUAAUGGAAAAUACCCUGGGGUGUAAAAAUGGAGGCUGGACAUUAGCUAUGAAAAUAAACGGAAACAAGGGAACAUUCUCAUAUUCCUCUGACUUGUGGACAAAUACGGAAGCUUACAAUCCAGAAGAAGCUAAAAAUCUCGAUGAGAAGGAAACAAAAUUUCCCUUCUAUGCAGGUGCCCAGAUCACAGUGGGCCUCUGUGUUGGAAUGAAAGUUCAGGGUCACACAAGAUGGCUUGAGCUCAAGAUACCUUACAAGAACACAAACUUAUAUGGAAUUUUCGUAUUGGAUUCCCCACAGCCUCUUAGUGGAAUUGAUUCUUCACAAUGGAAAUCAUUGAUUAAUGGAUCUUCUAUGCCUGAAAACUGUUCAAACAGCGAAAAAAGUGGUUUUAACGUUCAUCAAGAAAGCUCUGCGGCAGGUGCAAAAGCUCGACUUGGACUGAUAGCACGGAGCAGAGAUCCAUGCGUUGGCGAUCCCGAUACAAGGAUUGGGUUUGGAACUGCAGGCAGCAUUGGGGGAACAGACCCUAACAACACAUGUGGAAACGUAUAUAUCUCAAGUUCUGGCGCACUUAUCAAUAAAUCCAUCAAGGCAUUCUGUUAUAUAUUCAUUAAAUAGUUCACAUGAUUCGGCGCAUAAAGAAUUAAAAAACGCGUUCGGAGAAAAGGAUCUCCGACGGUGGGUUUCCGCGGGGUUACUCUUCCAACACUAUAAACUCGGGGCAUUUCGAAAAGUAGCGAGAUCCUCCUCUUUGGCUUGGAAAUAGUGGUGGAAAGUUAAGGUUAAAAAUUUCGCUUAAGAUUAAAAACUGUCUUUUUGUUUCUUGAUAAGCAGGGACGUUUCUCAGCUAAGUCUAUGCUUUGAUUGUGUGUUUGUUUCUUUUUUUUCCGCUUGUAACAAAUCAGAACAAUGUUUCCUGAAAACAUUCUACUAUAGGUACGCACGUGAAUGUUACUCGUUAUCAGGCCAUACUAUCAUUACUUAGAUCUCAAUUCCAACUCUUUCCAAAGUGGAGUAAGGUAAAGGCCGUGUAAAUGAUCUUUGAAAUUGCAGCAAGUCACAAAGCACUGCCAUGCAGAAAUCUGAAUUAUUAAAGAAAAAAGUUCUCUCGUA